AUGAAACCCAAUCGCGAGAAAACAUGGAAAGAGGAAGCGAUAGCAGAAAACCAACCAGAUCGAUCACCUCCACCCCGCCCGACCUAUUCCCCAGUGACACCAGUGUUCGCCCAACUCGAACCGGUCGCCGCAAAGAACGCAACAAUUGUACCACCGCCGUUGUCGCCCUCACCUACUAGUAAUACUCAUACUACACAACACAUAUAUCGCUCACCGCCACCCCCUCCAAAUCCGCCCGUCUUCAAACCAGAACCACCCCCAGUCCCAAUCUCAGAGAGUGAGAACCCCGAUGCGAUCGCACUACGCUCGGCCAUUUCCAUACUGCAGCUGCAGAAGCAACAGAGCCUGCGCGACAUCAAAACACUAGAUCGCAUGAAGGAGGCCGCAGCUGCUGACCCAGAGGGUUUUGCGCGUGAGUUGGCGGCCGGCCGUUUACGUACCGAAGAUCGCGGGGCUAUCAUCCAGUUUUCUGACGAUAACGAGAUGGAUGAAGAGGAGGACGAUCAUGAAAACCCAAAACAAUCACAUGGUGACAGUCCGUCAGCAUUCGCCCGUAUACCACAACCGCAGAAUGUCGUGCGGAUGCCCCCGAUCAACUGGGCCAAGUACCAGGUGACUGGGGAACCACUUGACCGCAUGCACGAAGAACAACUACGUCGACCGGAUCCCGGAGAGCCACGACGAGAACCUGCUCCAGAACAUAUACUAGCCUCACCAUAUCGUCCGCUGGUCGACCAGCUAGAUACCCCUACGCGGCUGGGCCGGCCCAGCAAGACCAAAAAGUGA